GCCUCUCAGCCUUGCCACCUCCUCCAGUUAUGCAGUGCUUUUUACUCUUGUAUCUGCAAAGGAAAAAAAUAGUCCGAUUUGUUCUGAAAAAUGCUUGGUAUUCUCGUGAAAGUGCCACAAGAAGAUGUACUCGCUCUCACUUCAUGCUCAGACGACAAUAUGUGCUGUACCGACAGGUUCUCUCAAGCUUGCCAGAAAGUUCAUCCAUUAUUUUUUAAGGUAUUUACCGGGGUAGUCUUAUUACCACAAUCAAAACUUUUACUGCAAAGACUCAAUGACAAGCGCAGAAGCUCCGCCACCACCAUUGCAGAUACCUGCGACACCAAUCUUUGCCUUCUGUUCUCUCAAUACGUUGAUCAGAGUUGUUGCGAUUCUGGCUCCAGAGCAACCAAGGGGAUGGCCAAUGGCCACUGAACCUCCAUGAAUGUUCACCUUGGUCUCAUCCAAGCCAAGGAUCUUCAUGUUCGCCAAAGCAACAACCGAGAAAGCCUCAUUGAUCUCAUAGAAAUCAACGCUCGAAGCAUCAACCUUGGCAUGCUUUAGAGCUUUGGGGAUUGCCAAUGCUGGAGCUGUAGUGAACUUGCUUGGAGCGUGAGCCGCGUCUCCCCAUCCGAGGAUUUUAGCAAGAGGCUUGAUACCAAGUUCCUUCAACUUAGCCUCAGAAACAAGUACUAAGGCGGAUGCACCAUCGUUGAUCGGUGCAGCGUUUGGAGCAGUGACAGUACCGCCAUUUGGCAUGAAAGCAGGACGCAUAGCCUUCAGCUUCUCGAUAUUGAGAUUUUUGACUUCGUCAUCCUUCUCAACAUUGACUGUUGGCUUGCCUCGGCCUCCGCUGACCUCAACUGGAACAAUUUCGGUCUUGAAAAUGCCUGCCUCAGUGGCCUUCUGUGCCUUCUGAUAUGACUUGAUAGCAUACUCAUCCUGUUGUUCUCUGGUAAUGCUGUGGUCUGAUGCGCAUUCUUCUCCUGCCAUACCCAUGUGCUCCUUUUUGCCAUACGCGUCCGUCAAACCGUCCUUCAGAACACCAUCAACCAAGGUUUGGUUACCAUAUUUAGCACCGUUUCGAAGAGUUGGGAGGUAAUGAGGAACAUUCGACAUAGACUCGGUACCGCCAGCAACGACAAUGUCGGCAUUGCCAGUCAUGAUAGUUUGGGCCCCGAGAAUAAUGGCCUUCAGUCCAGAGGCGCAUACUUUGUUGACAGUUGUGGCAAUAGUGGCUUCGGUCAGGCCACCAGCUAGGGCACAUUGACGGGCAGGGUUCUGGCCAAGGCUAUAUUACUGUGUCAGUAAUCUUGGAUGGGACAAAGAGAGAAUGCUUACUUUGCAGACAAUACAUUUCCAAAGAAGACCUCCUCUACAUCCUCGGGCUUGAUUUCAGGUACACGCUCGACAGCAGCUAUGGAUAUUCUUAGCAAAUCGACAGUUUCAUAAAAUUUAAAUCGUUCAGGGUUUGGCAGAAAGCGGAGCUCGCACCCCAAGAAUGACCCGAUCGGAGUUCGCACUGCAGAAACAAUGUAAACUGGUGCUGAAGCCAUACUGCCGGCUUUGAUAUUUUCAAGGCGAUGGAGAUUUUGGGGGUUAUUCAAGUGCAGAGCUGAAAGAGAAAGGAGGACUAGAGGGAAAGAAGUGGGCAAGCUAAAGUAAUCAAAAUAAUGGCAAAACUACUUUUGAAGCUCAACAGUUGCUUCACCGCCCCUCAAAAUUAGCGCCUAGAGUCGCAUUCAGGUACCCGCCUGUACCGUUUUCGGCAUCAUUCUACAGCCACUCACGGAUACAAGAUCGAGAUGUCUUGACCUCAAAAGACACCAGGAAGCAUCCAUCUUCUCUGGACAUCUUACGUUAUCAUCCAUGCAGAGGGUUUUCUGCCAUAUCUGGUCCCGCGAUCGGAGUACAAUCCCAUGUCGGAGAGGGGCAAGGCUGAAGUCACGUGAACACGCUAGAGCACCUGGCAGAGCACCUACGCGCUAGUGAAGACUGGCUGAACUUUUUGAAGCUCGUCGUCGCGAGAAGUUGACUGGUCGAAGAGAGUCGCAUUUCCCACCCACGUCCAAGAACCUUCUCUUUGCUCAUUUGCCCAAUAUGGAUGACCUCUAUGAUGAGUUUGGUAACUUCAUUGGUGAAGCUGAAGAAUCAGAGGACGACAGUCAACAUGGUGUUGAUGCAGGGGCCUAUGUGUACGAUGAAGACUACCCGGAGGAGGAGCCAGAAGUCACUGGCCAGGAGUUGAUGGAAGUCGACGAUGAAGGACCAUCGAACGCCGUUAUACUGCACGAGGACAAGCAAUACUAUCCUACUGCACAACAAGUAUAUGGAGAAGAUGUUGAGACGAUGGUACAGGAGGAAGAUGCUCAGCCUCUUACACAGCCUAUCAUUGCGCCUGUCGAGCAGAAAAAGUUUACCAUACAAGAGGCAGAUCUCCCCCCAGUAUUUUUCGAACGGAGAUUCAUGACAGAUCUUAUGAACUAUCCCGAUCAAAUUCGAAACGCUGCAUUUGCAGGGCAUCUUCACCAUGGGAAAACGGCAUUGAUGGAUAUGUUGGUCUUGGAACCACACGACAUCACGGAACGAUUGGAGAAGAAGACUGGGAAGAAGAGGGAUGAACAGUUGAGGUACACCGAUGUGCAUGUCCUAGAGCGGGAUCGAGGUAUUUCGAUCAAGUCGGCCCCCAUGAGCCUGGUACUACAAAACUCUCAAGGCAAAUCACACCUCUUGAACAUACUCGACACACCAGGCCAUGUUAAUUUUGUCGAUGAAGUUGCAUCAUCUCUCCGGCUUGUUGAUGGCGUUGUCUUGGUUGUCGAUGUCGUAGAAGGCGUGCAGGUGAACACUGAGCAGAUCAUAAAGCAUGCCGUUCUUGAAGGGCUGCCGCUCACUCUUGUGGUGAAUAAGAUGGACAGGUUGAUCUUGGAGCUCAAAAUCCCUCCAACCGACGCCUAUUUCAAGCUCAAGCAUGUUAUCGAAGAGGUCAACACUGUUAUUGAGAACACCAUUCCAGGCCAAGGAGAGAAGAGGCGGCUGAGCCCCGAAAAAGGCAAUGUACUGUUUGCAUGCAGUAGCAUGGGCUGGUGCUUUACCCUGCAAUCAUUUGCGAAGAUGUACGCGGAAAACUUUCCACCAAAGACCAAAGGGGCACCAGGAAUCAACGUUCCAGAAUUUGCUCGUCGACUCUGGGGAGAUAUCUUCUAUAAUUCGCGGAAAAGAUCAUUCACCCGAAAAGCUGUGGAAGAAGGGGCAAAACGUUCUUUCGUGAACUUCAUUCUUGAGCCGAUCUACAAAUUGUACUCGCAUACUAUCAGUGAAAGUCCCGAGGACCUCAAAGAUACAUUGGCAACUCUCGGCAUAACACUCAAACCUUCACAAUACAAAACCGAUGCAAAUGUGCUCCUGAAACUUGUUUGCGAAAAGUUUUUUGGAGGAUCAAAUGGGUUCGUUGAUAUGGUUGUUGAGCAUAUUCCAUCUCCAGUUGAGGCUGCUGAGGACAAGGUCCAGCGAUAUUAUACUGGACCUCUGGACACCAAAGUUGCGACAGCUAUGAUAGGAUGCAAGCAAGAUGGCCCCUUAGUUGUUCAGAUCUCGAAAUUGUUCAACACAAGCGACGCGAAAGGGUUCCAUUCAUUUGGACGGGUCAUGAGCGGGAUAGCAACCCCUGGUUCCCAAGUCAGAGUUCUGGGCGAAGGGUAUUCUAUCGACGACGAGGAAGAUAUGAGCUUGGCAACUAUCUCAGACGUUUGGAUAGCUGAGACACGGUACAGCAUUCCCACAGAUGGUGUGCCGGCAGGAAAUUGGGUUUUACUUGGAGGCGUUGAUAAUUCCAUUGUCAAGUCGGCGACAUUGGUUCCUCCCAUAUUACCGGACGGAGAGGAUGCCUACAUCUUCAAGCCUAUCACGCAUUUCACCGAAUCCGUCUUCAAGGUGGCUGUCGAACCAAUCAAUCCUUCGGAGCUCCCGAAGAUGCUGGACGGCCUUAGAAAGAUCAACAAGAGCUAUCCUCUGAUCACGACUAAAGUCGAGGAGUCCGGUGAGCACGUUGUUCUAGGCACAGGAGAGCUCUACAUGGAUUGUGUUUUGCAUGAUCUCCGGCGAUUGUAUGCUGAGAUGGAAAUAAAGGUUUCUGAUCCAGUCACACGGUUCUGUGAGACUGUCGUGGAGCAGUCAGCCAUCAAGUGCUAUGCUCAAACCCCAAACAAGAGGAACAAGAUCACGAUGAUUGCGGAACCGCUGGACCAAGGCAUCGCGGAGGACAUCGAGAGCGGCAAGGUUAGUAUCAAGAGCCCCAAUAAGGUCAUUGGCAAAUUUUUCGAAGAAAACUAUGGAUGGGAUUUACUUGCUUCAAGAAACAUUUGGGCAUUUGGGCCCGAUGAUCUGGGGCCGAAUAUUCUCCAGAAUGACACCCUGCCAUCUGAGGUUGACAGGCGACUCCUGCAAAGCGUGAGAGACACAAUUCGCCAGGGCUUCAGUUGGGCAACACGAGAAGGUCCUUUGUGUGAAGAGCCAAUCCGGAAUGGCAGGUUCAAGAUCAUGGAGGUGGCAUUGGCUUCCGAAGCGAUCUUCCGGGGUGGUGGCCAGAUCAUCCCCACUUCCCGACGGGCCUGUUAUUCUUCUUUCCUAAUGGCUUCUCCACGACUUAUGGAGCCUGUCUACUCCUGUUCCAUGACUGGACCUGCGGAUUCGGUCACAUCACUCUACACUGUCCUCGCUCGUCGCCGGGGGCACGUCCUCUCUGAUGGCCCAAUUGCCGGUACGCCAUUGUACCGCGUCAGUGGGCUCAUUCCAGUCAUUGACUCGUUCGGCUUCGAAACCGAUCUUCGAAUCCAUACACAAGGCCAGGCCACUGUCAGCUUAGUGUUCGAUCGCUGGAGUAUUGUACCUGGCGACCCGCUUGAUAAGGAUGUUAUCUUGAGACCAUUAGAGCCUGCUAGUGCUCAAGCAACUGCCAGAGACUUCGUCUUAAAAACAAGGAGGCGUAAGGGACUAAGCGAAGACGUUAGUGUGGCCAAGUUCCUAGAGCCUGAGUUGUUCUCGAGCUUGAAAGAAAGUGGAGUCCUUGGAGAUUGAUGAGGGACGGUCGAACAAAAGUGCAAAGAUAAGUCUUGGAGUUAGCAUGGGCAUGGGAUCUCUACCUUGAGAUAAUAUGGGGCAUUUUUGGUGAACUGGCGUUCAGAGAAUGAUAGCUGUAGGAUAGCCCUAGAGCACUUUCCAAUGUACUGGCGCACCAAGAUUUGGUAGCAUGGGAUGCUUUCCACACACCCACACCACCACCAACGCAACCUGAAAUGUGCUGCACCUACAUACAACCUCUUGCUUCAAUUGGUCCCCCUUCCUGCAAGGCGGGAUAUCCGACGUAGCCGAGCCCGUGUACUUGAACAUACAGCACUAGCAACGGUCGCUCCAGCUCAUCUGCAUCUCCUCGACGAACCCACAACUUUCAAACGAGCGAAAUAAGCCCUGGACAAUAUCAUACAUCCAUACUUGGACCUGCGCCAAACAGCAUACAAUAGCGCUCACUCACUGUGGAAAAUCUAUCAUUGGCUCGCAUAUAGACGAAUCCUCCCAUGCACACCCAGGUAUAGUAGCCACGUAAUUCACUUGAAAUGAUCGGAUGCCGAGAAACCAAAACAAGAGCGAUGAUACACCAAGAUCUAUUGAAUGAUUUCCACGAGGAUGUAAAAUUAUCUUCUAGAAAGAUCGUGGAUGACGGUCCCCGAUAUUCCCGCCUUGCGAAAGGAGAAUUAUGCUUAUCUCUCGCAAGGGUUUCUUCUUUCCACGCAUGAUCCGUUCCCAGCAUCUUGUCAUUCCCAGUCGGGCCGCUGGCCGCCCCUCUACCCCCCCUCUUAUUAUGCCUCUUGAGCUUCCCGAAUAGUUCUAUAUAUCGUCGAAAUAUAGGCGGGGGGCCAACCUUGUUUUAUCGAUUUUGCUAAAUACCCACUUGGCCGCGUACCUUUUAGACUGGGGAAGCUGAGGUGGGCUAAAUGAACAUGACGCCUUUGAAAACAAAAUCACCGAGGCACAUUUGGAUGACAGGACAGGACAGGGUAGUCGGGAAAAGGAAAGUGCCCUGGCUGCAUUUUGCUUUUGGACUUUGGUGGGAGAGGAGAGGGUGGGUUUGUGGAGCGAGGGAGGGGAAAGGAAGAACGGUUUUGCCGGUUUCCCUAAGAUUGGUUCACUUUCAAUUUUUGUGGAUUCGUGGUUCUUAUAUUCAUGGAUUGGAUGAGGAGGCUGGUAGCACUAAGUCGCCCAAUCGUCUUCCCGUCGAACCUUUUGGUGGGAAGCAGGGUUCAGAUUUCUUUGGGACACCGCAGGGCAGCAUCCCAUGCUGUUCCACUACUUUCAAGCUUGGAGACGAUGGUGGGGCAGAACUGCAGGAUCAUGGACGGAGGAAAGGAGGCUUGGGUCUGGAUUCCCUGAUUGGGUGGCUGGUACGGUUGACAUUUGGACGUCUUUGUUGAUUGGGUAGGACGAGAUAAGCUCGCUUCCUGGAGAAGCUGCCCAGAAAUGCACUCAGGGGUGUGAUUAUGGUGCUGCCCGGCCAAGGGCUUUGGUUGAUCGACGAUGUUGAGAAUUGUGACCGCUGACGAGGUUGCAGAUGACAGGGAGGAACGCACAGGGCUAGCGGUUGAGCUGCAGAUGGCGAUUGCCGCAAUUCUCAGGGGUGAAGAAGUACACAGAACCCUGACAAGGGGCUAUAAUAUAGAGUAUUUUGGCCCAUGCGAGAACCCCCCU